AGUGCGGCCCUGCAAUCAAGCACUUUAGACGUGUUAGACUAACUAAUUCAACUGAUUAGAUUUCCCGCAAUACAAAAUAAGCAGCGCACCGUACGUCGAUGACGUUGCCCACAUGCAAAUCGAUAUGUUAAUUUCGAUAGGUUCAAUCGGUCGGUCGGCGGCUUGCUUAUCCGCCGAUGACACGAAACUUAAAUUGAACUUCGAGCGCCAACUAAAGCAACAAUGUAGCAACGGCACAGAAAACUAUUUGAACCUAGCAACGCAGUGACCUUUGUUUGUUUACAAUUUGAAUUAGUUGAAUCCAGACUUACACAUAGACAUCAUUAAUAUUUAUACUAUUUAAGCAAUUAUGGUGCGCAUUACAGAGGAGCUGGUUCGCAAAAAGUCGGAGCAUAAUGAGCGACUAAUUAGCACGCUGGAGGAGCUAUCGCUGCAUCAAGAGGACAUCGAACGCAUCGAACACAUUCAGAACUGGUGUCGCGACCUCAAGAUAUUGCUGUUGCAGUCCAAUCUCAUAGCCCGGCUGGAAAAUCUGUUCAAGCUAAAGCGUCUGGAGUAUCUCAAUGUGGCGGUUAACAAUAUUGAGCGUAUUGAGAACUUGGAGAGUCUCGAGUCGCUCAACAAGCUCGAUCUGACGCUCAACUUCAUUGGCGAGCUAACCAGCAUUGAAUCGCUUAUUGGCAAUUAUAAUUUACGCGAACUGAUUCUGAUUGGGAAUCCGUGUGUCGAAUACCCACAUUAUCGUGACUAUGUGGUGGGCACCCUGCCGCAGCUGCACAGCUUCGACUGUAAGGAGAUAUUGCCCACAGAGCGGCUGCAAGCGCAACGUCUCGUCCAACAGCAUCGGGCUGUUAUCGUCCAGUGCCAAGCGGCACAGGCCAUCGAGCGGGAUGAGCAAAGGAUACGCGUGGCCGAGCAGCAGCAGCAACUGGCCAAACAGUGCGCCGACAUGGAGGACGAGGAGGAGCGUCGACGCACCUUCUGGAAUUCCAAGAGCGAGCACUGCCCAGAGAUACGCACAGAGAUAGCGCGUCAGCACAGGCUUGGCCGCGAAAAGCACGAACCCACACCAAAUCCAUUGACAACCAAUCUUAAGCGAAAGCCGAAUCUGUUUGCGCCCUGCGGACGACCCUACAACAUCAACCAGGGCAAGUUGCCGUUUAAUUUCCAGGAUGAAGCCGAUCACUAUAGUCUGCUAUUGGAAGUCUACAAGCAUCUGGACACAUCCCUGAUCGAUGUUGACGUCGAGACAAACUAUGUGCGCGUCACGGUCAAGGGGAAGAUCUUUCAAAUCGCCUACAAUGAGGAGGUCAAGCCGGAUGAGUCGAUUGUGCAGCGCUCCCAAAUCACUGGCCAUUUGCAAAUAACACUCAAGAAGCUGAAGGCCAACGAGCUGCUUGUCGUCAAAUCCGUGCGCACGCCGAAGAAAGGUGUUCCUGCUCCUGGUGCUGCUGUUGCUACUGCAAAAGAACCCAGCGGCACAGUCGAUAUUGGCAAUAUAUGUCCUCCGCCCGAUUUGCCCGACUUGAUCUAAGUGCAGGCGAGCACACAAGGAUUUAUUAGUUUUUUAUUUAAAAAUUGUUUAUUUAAAUAUUUUGUUUUUUUUUUUUUUUUUGUUUUUUUGGGAUUUUUUGUUUCGUUGCUGCGCCUCUCAUAUUCCUGCUGCCUUCUAGUAUUCAUAACUCCGCGCUGACCCAGCAUAGUACCAUAUGUCUAUAUACAUAUAUAUACACAAAUGUAUAUAUAUAUAUAUAUAUAUAUAUAUAUGUAAUUGCUUAUAUUGUAUAUGUAGUUACAAUUCAUGAUGUACGUUCGUGUGUGUAUGUGUGUGUCUGUGUAUGGGGUGGAUAUAAAAAAUGAUGCAAACGCAUAGUAAAAAUUGAAAUUA